UUUGAUGUCCCUCUAAGGUAUUUUUGCCCCUUUGCCACAAAAACACCACUACGUUUAACACGUUCACCCCCCAUGCACAGCACCCUUCCCUACCACAAACACUUCACUCCCACUCAUACCGAUCCAUGUCAUUUCAAAUGCAGACCGUGCCGAAUUAAACUAUCAACCACGUACCAUUCCUUACUUCGCAGCCCUUCCUUUUCCCCAUGCUCCAAUCAUUCUCAGCUUUUUGCAAUAAAAAAGAUUUUAUUACCCAAUCAUUCACACACAGCUAACAUCAAAAGGAGUGCCUCUAUAAAAACAAGUGCUUCCAUCCCAAACCAUGCCCGCAUCAUUCAAAGUAACGUACAACAAGAUACUGUUCAUAGUGGUGUGUAUAAUCGACUGUGUGUUCCUAUACAUGACAUACCACAGCAAUCUAUUCCUAUGGUACAUCUUUGUUCCCGUAUCGAUUCCCAUCAUGGCAUUUUUCAAGUAUUACCAUUUCUUGGUGUGCUACAAGACCAUCAACAGGAAAAACGUUAACUAUGCACUCAUGUCGAUCGGUGUAAGCCUGUUGUACAAGCUGUGCUAUUUUGGACUACUGUUUUUGGCUGGCAGACUGUUUAGUAUGUUGAUUAUGGGAGCUGUAGGUUUUGUAGAUUUUGUUAUUAACAUGUACUUCGCAGCAAAUAUCUAUUUUAUGAAGAGCUUGCUGUACUUUGAUGUGAAUAUACCGGUCGAUGGUUAUGGAAUAGACGAGAAGGUGAAUCAGUUUGGAAAUGCUAUACCUGGUCUGUAGGUGAUAGUGUAAAUAAGGUAGUUGCAAUGGAUUUUGGCAGAGGAGUAUACGGUAACGGGUUUUAUUGAUGAGAGGUAAAUAAAGGAAGUGAUAGGGUGAUGGUAAGCCAUGAAUCAGAACAGUAACUACGAUC